UGUUGCGGAUUUGGGCGUUUCUGUUUGGCCGCAGGUUCUUGAUGAAGCUGAACAACGAGACGGUCACCAUCGAGCUCAAGAACGGCACUACCGUCCACGGCACCAUCACCGGUGUUGACAUAAGCAUGAAUACUCAUCUGAAGACCGUAAAGCUCACAAUGAAAGGGAAGAAUCCUGUAACCCUUGAUCACAUCAGUGUGAGAGGAAACAACAUUCGGUACUACAUCCUCCCUGAUAGCUUAAACCUGGAAACGUUGCUGGUUGAGGAUACCCCCAGGGUCAAGUCUAAGAAGCCAACUACAGGGAAGCCUAUGGGUCGGGGUCGCGGACGCGGCCGUGGGCGUGGUCGGGGCCGGGGGCGCUGAGCUUUAUUGUUCCCUGCUUUGGAAGCUCGUGCAGUGCAAGUCCCUACAGCGUAACCUGCUUCCUCUGCGAGCUAUGUCGAAGAAUGUUUCUGUUCUGUUAGAAGAUGUCAAUCUAAGCCUCCAGACUUUUGAAAUGCUAAGUGGCAUCCUGUGCUGUUACUUGUUACCCUGGAAUUCUUGCCCUUGUGCUUUUGCGUAGCAGUAAGUUGUGUUUGAGUAGAAGCUGACCCUUUUUCUUCUGUGGCAAUGCUUGAGAUUAAACUGGGCUGGGGACAUUGGUAUUUCAGAUUACGCGUUGACAUAUUCAUCUGAAUCAUGCACAUGUGAACAUUUCUUGCCUGUAUGAUGCGAUGUUAGGCUUGAUCAUUUUCUGUGAUUUGAUUUUC